AUGGCAGGGAAAGCAAAUGCAAAAACAAUCAAGAAGCAGCCAUCCAAACCUUCUGCACCAAAGAAAAUCUCUAAAAAGGUUCCGAAUAAUGAUGUUGACCUGAACCACAACAGAGACCAGAAUGAUCCUCUCCCAAUCCCAAAAGGUGACACGCCUUAUGCUUUAGCCAAACUUGCUGAAUACAAAGAGCGAGAUCUGGAUAAAGCUGAGCAUUUCUACAAGAUUUUCCCUAAAUAAACUAUUACUAUAAUAAGCCAAAUUACCAAUUUAUAGACCAUAUAUAAUUAUUUGUAAAAUUCAUUAGGCAAUUUAAAGAGAAUUCUAUACAAGCUAACAAUAGAAAGUGGAGAGCGCUGCGAAAGCGCCAUCAAGGACUUGGCAAGUCUUCUCCACCAGCGUGGAAAAACGCAAGAAGCUUGUGACUUAUUAGACAAAUAUAGACAUCUGUUUAAAAAUGAUGCAGAAAGGUUCGAAAACCUUUACAACACUUUAAAAAAACAAAUAGUUACCACGGGCAACUGUUUGAAUAAAAGUCUGAAGCUUUCCGGUCUUAAAAAGGAAGAUAACAGUGAUUUUGUUUACUCACUGUUUUCCAAUACGCUACGUAUUUUAAGCGUUAAAUUGGGGACCGAAGAAAUUGGGACUAAAGAGGGGUAAUCUUUUUAAUGAAAAAUAGACUGAAAAUUAUAAAUAAUUGUUAAUAUACAGUAUUUAGCUUAGAAAGUAUAUACUGAAACAGAUCAAGCUUGGCUUAAUUCCAUUUAAAUAUUAAAGACCUUGAUGUUAGUUUUUUAUAGCAUACUAUGCGAUCCUUGAAUUCAGCAGCCAUUCUUCAGCAAGAAAAACUCUAGAAGGAUUUCACCACUGGGAUGAAUAUAAAAUUGAGUGAAUUGACUACAGCGGAGAAGUAGCUGGUGAUGCUCAUUAUGCAAGACAUAAAAUGGAGGAAUACAGGAAACACCAUCCUACGUUCGAGUAUAAAGUUUUCGAUAGAGAUCCAAAGGGCUAUGUCCUCAGCAUGCCGAUUGAUGGAAUUGGGCUUAAGUGCAGAGAAAUGCUGAACGAUGACGAGUUUAACGUGAAGCAAAUGUUGGGAUUUUCACUGUUCUCCACGAUUUUUGAGGGGUCAGUGAAUUAA